UUCUCCCUCUCUCCCUCUCUCUGUUCACCCUCCUGGAAAGCUGGGGGAUGGCAUCCCCUUUCGGGGACCCCCCCAACCCCAAGCCGGCCCCUGCCAAGCCUCUCACAGACUUGGACUUCCGUUCCGGGGCACGCAUCGAAGAGAUCAACCAGCUCAUCCAAGAAUACGAGGCCAGGGACCCAGGCGUUCGGGACGCCCCGGAACUGCACCGUGCAAAGGAUAAGAUUUUCUCUCUGCUGGGUCAGGUCCAGAAAUCCGAGGGGAAGCUUCCUCCCAUCAACCGCUACUUGAUCCUCUCCGGCGGAGCCCAGAAGGGCACCAUCCACGCAGACCCAGGCACCCUCCGCCCUCUUUCCGCCGGGGGCGACUACGACGCCGACUUCACCCUCCUGGUGCCCGUCCUCAGCGCAGCCGGGGUCCCCGUCUCCUUGGACAUGAAGCAGAGCCCCCCGGGCCACGCGCAGAUCAGCCUCCGGCCCUUCGGCCCCGAGACGCUCACCCGCUGGUCGGACUGUUGCUUGGGAGACGAUGCCCACUUGUCGUCCGAUCUGGUUUGCGAGUGGCUCUCGCGCUCCUUCCCCGCCGCCGAGGACGUGAGGGUCGAGCGGCGCGGCUGCGUCACCUCCCUGAUCGUCCGCGUCGGGCUGCGCCGCGUCCUCUACGACGUCGUCCCGGUUGUCGCCUUCAAGGGCUGGCCGGAAGUUGCCCAGCCGUGGCUGGCGCAGGCCCAUUUCUGGGACGGCAAGAUGACGGACGGGGAAGCCGCCGGGAGCUUUUACCUCCUGCCGUCCUCGUCCUGCGGCGCCUGGCGCCUGGCCUUUUCGGCCAGCGAGCUGCACCUGCGCAGGAUCCUGCCCCUGCCCCUUCUCCGGGCCCUCCGGGCCGCCAUGGCGAUGCUGGGCUGCGACCUGUGCGGAGGCCUGGGGCCGUACCACCUCUUCACCUUGGCGCUGUGGUCGUGCGAGCGGCUGCCGUCCAGCUACCUCGGCCGGGAGGAGAACGCGGCGCACGCCUUGCUGGGCCUCUUGGACGACCUCUCCUCCGCCUUGGUGCACCGGCGCCUCCCCAGCUACUUCCUGCCGCAGUGGAACCUUCUGGAAGGGCUGCCUCGGCCGGCCGUGGAGGGCCUGGCUCGGGAGGUCGCCUGGGUGAGGGCCGACCCUUGCCGGUUCCUCCGGCGAGCCGUGGAGGGCGCCAAGGAAGCCAAGCGGUUGGCCAAGGCCUUCAGGGAGCGGGGCGUCCCUCCCGCAGUGCCGUGA